AUGGUUCCUGCAACCGCACAGAGACUGAACGCGCGUGAUGAGGGGCUUGAUAUUGAUUCGUUGAUUUGCGGACUUGAAUUGGAAGAAGAACGACUCAAGAACGAAAGGCCUGAAGACACAUAUUUCGAGAGAUUCUUUGUUAAUUUGGACAAUUAUCCAAUUUUGCCAAGGGAAGAGCUCAUUGGAUCAUUCCAAUGCCGUCGUGUCAGAAUGGCAACUUGGAACAGCGACAGGCAGAAAGUGGUCUUAACCAACACUAUCUGCAGUCCUGAUUGCACGCAAUGCAACAGUGGAGAAUUCGAAAACUGCAAAAUAUACGAUCAUUCUGUUAGUGAGCGAGUUGUCGAAUAUGUUCGUGAAGAUCCAAAGAAAAAUCAAACCAAUUAUCUUCCAAGUCCUCCAGCAAAAAAGAAAAAAAGCACAUUAAUUGAAGAAUUCAAAAGCUUAUUCACUGGAAAAGAGACUGAAGAAGAAAACGAAACUGAAGAGCAGAUUGAUGACAGAUCGACUCAGCGACGAAAUGUCUAUGAAGAGGAGCCUAAAAAAAUCUUAUCCGACUCUCAAACAUGGACUGCCUUAUUCAGUCAACAAAUUCGUCUUGCCUCAAUUGAAAAUCGACAAUCGAGCUGUUUCUCGAAAAAUCGAAGGAAUGAAGCGAAAGAAUGA